AUCCUACACAAUUAAUUAGUUAUUUUCUAACGUGUGGAUCGGUACUUCGCUUCUCUUUAAAAAAUAAUUGCGAAAGACGAUUUUGAAAAGAAGAUUUUAAGGCGGUGUUGAUAGUUGGAGCAUAAAAUUGAAUCCAAAAUCAGGGUUUUUAAGAAUAGUAAGGAAUUUUCUGUUCUUGGUAUUUCGAAUGCAUGACUAGAAUUAACAUGGCAGGGGUUAAUCCAAUCAUUGUUUACAAUAUUGGACGUGAUAAAAUGUGGAAUAUUUCUUGAUAACAGUACAUUUCUCACUAUAUUUUAUGUUGUCACUCAUUUCUAUGAUCCCUAAAAGUUAUUAGAAGCAAAGGAGAAGUAAAAUACGUUUGUUUCAUCAGUUAUCAUGCCAACUUAAAGCCUCUGGCUUCAACGGAAGUAAUGAAUAAUAAGUAGUCGAAACCUCUCGAAAAAAAUAACAAGGAAAUUAUACCCAAGUAUGUGCGGUAGCUCAAGACGUAUUUAUAAGACCUAAAUCCAAAAUGCCACCAAUCAGCAGAUCAUUUUUAUGGAACAUUUUUCAAAGGAUCGACACGGAUAGAAACGGCUCUAUCAAUGGUGAUGAACUUCAAAGCGCCUUGGCAAAUGGUACUUGGAAUCCUUUUAAUCCUGAGACCAUACGACUUAUGAUGGGGAUGUUUGAUACAGAUGGCAACGGUAUGAUUACUUUCAAUGAAUUUGCUAAUCUUUGGCAGUAUGUCCAUGACUGGCAGGAAUCAUUUCGCAGCUUUGACACUGAUAGCUCUGGAACAAUUGACAGAAAUGAGUUGAAAGCAGCUCUUCAAAGUUUCGGAUACAAUCUAUCGGAGAGGUUUUACGGAAUACUUAUCAGAAAGUUUGAUAGAACUGACAGUGGAGAUAUUCGCUUUGAUGAUUUCAUUCAGUGUUGUGUUGUUCUUCAGACUUUGACCAACGCUUUCAAACAACGCGAUCAUAACUUGACUGGAUGCAUAACCGUCAGCUACGAACAAUUUUUAACAAUGGUGUUUAGUUGCAAGACGAAAUAGAUAUAUCAUCUGCAAUACUGCCGAACUUUGACGUACCUUAUGCUAUUUUAUGUAAAUACAUAUGCACAAGUUCAAACAAAUAUUUUUAACAAUGGUGUUUAGUUGUAAGACGAAAUAGAUAUAUCAUCUGCAACACUGCCGAACAUUAACGCACAUUAUGCUAUUUUAUGUAAAUAUAUAUGCACAAGUUCACAACAAAUAUUUUUAACAAUGGUGUUUAAAUGCAAGACGAAGUAGAUAUAUCAUUUGCAACACUGCCGAACAUUGAUGUACAUUAUGCUAUUUUAUAUAAAUAUAUAUGCACAAGUUCACAACAAAUAUAAUUAAAAUCUUCAAUGUAAGCCUUGAUUUGUUGUUACCUAUAAAGAUGAAUUGUAGUUCUGCAACUGUGA